GCUAAAAAUAUGGUCGACAAUGCGAUUGGUUUUUGGCGUUGAUGCAGGAUGCAGGAGGAAUGGAGGAAGUAUAAAACGGCGAUGCUAAUAACAUUUCGGGCAUUGGUUAUUAUUUUCGCUGGUGUUCAGUCAACAUCAUCAGCAUGUCCCGUCCGACCUCUUCCAGAUACGAUUGGGUCACGCAUCCGGCCACAAAGGCCUACGACUAUAAUUACGGAUACGGGGUGAACUUCUAUCAGCCAAUGAUAGACUACAUCGACGCUAAGGAUAGCGGCAGACGCACAAGGUAUCCCCACCUGCCGUGGACGGACGAACGUGCCUUGGACGCGUUCAGUCCCAGGAAGCUCGUCCGUAGCUACACCGAAGAUGACCUCAGCAAGAUAGCUAGAAGAACGGAGACGAGGGCCAAAGAUUUCCUUCAGGACUUUAAUGCUCGAACGCAAUCAUCCUUCCUGCUGCAUAAGUCCGCCUCGGCCGCAAAUAUUACCACGCAAGUGAAAUCGACGGAAGUGCGUAAGAAGAAGGAAACCGUUCGAAAGAUUAAAGUGCUAAAAUCGAAGAUGGCAGACGAGAUCGUCAACUUUGACCCGGAUUUCGACCGAAAGAUCACAGAAAGCCUAAAAUCCGCGCAGAAGUUCCUCAGAGGGAAAUCGGCGAAAGGCAUCGAAGCCCAAUUGCUGUCAGAAAGUAAGAAGCACAUAGCCGAAGGCGUAGACAUAGAUCAAACGAAUAAGUAUCUGAAGAACGUCGUGCAUAGCACGCACGAUUACCAAGCGCACGCACGCCUCAUGUGCAAACGCAUGGAAAAAGAGGUGGACGCAAGCUUCAUGCAACCCCUGGACAACCUCAGCGCCGACCUAAAGACUUUCGACAAAAAAACCUCCACCUAUUUCAGCGAGAAAAGGUGCCGCCCCGACCCAGAAAUAGCACACACCACAGAAACCACUUGCAUAAUCGACAUUUGAAGCAUCCUAAAUAUAACUGACGACGACUACUACUACUACAUACAUACGCAUACAUACAUAUCGCACACUCGAUAACAGCAAACAAUACCGAUGUCGUGCCAAAUACCAAUUGUUCUGAUCUUCCGUUUUUGUUUUCGUAUG